GAGGGCUACAAAAACCAAAACACAAAGUUUAUUUUCUCUCCUCCUGGGUUCUAAACAUUAUCUAUCUCAAAGCAGCUGAAAAUUCAGGAGAAAGGAUGAGUUAAACAAACUGACCUGCUCAUUGAGGUCAGUAUACUUCUGCCCAAGAAGCAUUGAGCUCUGAGUAUACUCUGAGCUAGUAUCUUCCUAUGAAAACUAAAGAUAACUGUUCUCUAAAAUGCAUUAUAUCUUAAAAACAAAAACCAAUUUAAUCUGUAUUCCAAGAGGCAAGAUGAUCAGGAAUUCAAGGCAAGCCUUGACUAUGAAACUUCCCUCAUUCUUUUAGGUUGUUUUUACUUAUUCUUCCCUCCUGGCCUUAUUACAGAAAGCAGCACUAGUCUCAAAAAAAAAAAAAAAAAAAAGAUUUGAGUAACUUGUCCAAUACACAAUUAACUGUCCAACUCUAGAUGCAAAGUCCUAGAACUUAUUAUACUCCCUGUUAGAACUAGAGAAGUUAGGAAGAACUGAUAUUUGUUCUGUUUGAGUCAAAUUCUUAUUCCAGCACUUGGGAGGCUGAGGCAGGAGUAAUGUUUCAAGUUCAAGCUAGCCUGAGCUACAUAAUGAGUACCAGGACAGCCAGGAUCACAUAGCAAAACCCUGACUCAAUUAAAAAAAAAGAUUUGGGUGUCUGGAUUUGGGGUGUGUGAGGAGGGAAUAGAUAGAAAUGACUACCUCAUAACAUUAAAGAUCAUGCUUGUAAUUUGUUUAACACAAUACCUGUCCAUAAUAAGAUCAGCAAAUAUUGAUUAUAUUAUGUUCAUUCUGUCUAUUCUAUUAAGCUUAAGACCUUCUAGUAUACAAAAUUUCUAUUCCUUGAACUACUUAAAAAAAAUAUUUUAUUGCUUUCUGGCGGUGACAACCUCCAUAAGAGAACAUGCCUCUCUCAAAAGAUCUCCUUCAUCCCUCUCUAGGAGAGAAGAGGAAUCACAAGAAAAAGCACCUGGUGCAGAGCCCCAAUUCAUACUUUAUGGAUGUGAAAUGCCCAGGAUGCUAUAAAAUCACCAUGGUUUUCAGCCAUGCACAAAUGGUAGUAUUGUGUGUUGGCUGCUCCACUGUUCUUUGUCAGCCUAUGGAAAAGCAAGGCUAACAGAAGGAAUGUUCCUUCAGGAAGAAGCAGUACUGAAUGCACCUGA